GCUUUUGUCUGUUUGUCCGCGCAAUCUGAAAUUCGUGCAACACGAAGGAGGAAGAAGGAGGAAGGCCUCGGUCGAAAUGAUGGUCGAAGUUUGUUUCAAUUAGAGGCGAUCGAGGAGGAGAGUUGGUGUCACGCGGUGGGGUGCCCAGAUCUUUUCUGGUGGCGGUCACUGCAAGGGCGCAGGCAGAUUCCUGCCGAUCCUCCUUGCAUGGAGCUUGCAUUUUCUGGAAGCAGGGGAGGAGUUGGAUUGCAGGGAGCGGAAGGGGACAAUUUGCCUAUAACUAAGCCCUCAGGGCAGAGGAUAGGCAGCGCAUGCUGCCCAAAAGGCGACGGGUUGAGGUGGAGGAGGACAAAACGGGGUCGUCAAUGAAGAAGCCUCGCUCCUCGGAGGAUGUUGAGAUCGAUGAAGAUCUGCACAGUCGCCAGUUGGCAGUGUAUGGAAGGGAGACCAUGCGCCGCCUGUUUGGGGCCAGUGUGCUCGUCUCUGGGCUGGGGGGUCUUGGAGUGGAGGUUGCAAAGAACACGAUUCUAGCUGGGGUCAAGUCUGUGACUUUACAUGACUCUCAUGUUGUGGAAUUGGCAGACCUGUCGUCACAGUUUUAUUUGUCUGAAACUGAUAUUGGAAAGAACCGGGCCACUGCAUGCGCAGACAAGCUGGUUGAGCUCAACACUGCUGUUGCAGUUAAGGUACAUACUGGAGAUAUCACAAAAGAGUUCCUUGCAAACUUCAACGUGGUGGUGUUUACCGAUUUGCCUAUGAACAAGGCUCUGGAGAUCAACAGCUUCUGCCAUACACAUCAGCCGCCGAUCGCCUUCAUCAAAGCAGAAGUACGUGGAGUGUUUGCAAGUGUGUUCUGUGAUUUUGGACCUGAGUUCACAGUGUUCGAUACAGAUGGAGAAGAACCACACUCUGGUAUUGUUGCAUCCAUCACUACGGGCAAUCCAGCACUUGUAACCUGCGUAGAUGAUGAGCGGCUAGAGUUCCAAGAUGGCGAGCUUGUGACUUUCCGGGAGGUCAGAGGCAUUCCAGAACUGAAUGACGGAAAACCACGGCGGGUGAAAAACGUCAAGGCACAUUCAUUCCAGCUUGAGGAGGACACAACCAAGUGCAAUGCCUACGAAGGUGGUGGGAUCGUCACUCAAGUCAAGGAGCAGAAAGUACUGAAGUUCAAGCCACUAAAUGAGGCGCUCAGUGACCCGGGGGAGUUCUUGCUUUCAGAUUUUUCAAAGUUUGAUCGCCCUGGACUUCUGCAUGUAGGGUUCCAAGCUCUGGGGCUCUUUGAAGCGUCCUUUGGCCGUCUUCCCGGCCUGGCAUCAGCUGAAGAUGCUGAAAAGCUCGUAGCCUUAGCCAAGGAGGUGAAUGAAAAGGUCGGUGACAAGCGAUUGGAGAGCCUCGAUGAGGGCGUUCUGAGGAAGCUUUCCUUUGGUGCUGCGGCUUGCCUUUCUCCCAUGGCUGCCUUGUUUGGCGGCAUUGUUGGUCAAGAAACUGUCAAGGCUUGCUCGGGGAAGUUCCACCCCAUCUUCCAAUUCUUUUACUUCGACUCUGUCGAGUCUCUGCCCCCCAAUGAGCUUCCAGCUGAGGAGACCAUGCCAGUCGGAUCGCGGUAUGAUCCGCAGAUUGCAUUGUUUGGUCGAACGCUUCAGGAGAAGAUGAUGAAUGCUAACUGCUUCAUGGUCGGGGCAGGAGCUCUGGGGUGCGAGUUUUUGAAGAAUCUSGCACUGAUGGGUGUCUGCUGUGGUCAGAAUGGGAAGCUCACUGUGACGGAUGACGAUACAAUCGAGAAGAGUAACCUCAGCAGACAGUUCUUGUUCCGCGACUGGAACAUCGGGCAGUCRAAAUCUUUGGUAGCUGCGGCUGCWGCGCAAGUAAUUAAUCCGAGCUUGAGAAUCAAUCCUCUCCAGAACCGYGUAAGCGGAGARACGGAGUCUGUGUUUAAUGAUGAAUUCUGGGAACGCCUCGAUGUCGUUGUGAAUGCAUUGGACAAUGUGAAUGCGCGAUUGUAUGUGGAUUCUCGAUGUGUCUAUUUYCAGAAGCCUCUUCUGGAAUCUGGAACUCUGGGGACAAAGUGCAACACUCAAAUGGUGAUCCCGCAUCAGACGGAGAACUACGGAGCAUCAAGGGAUCCGCCGGAAAAGCAAGCUCCAAUGUGUACCUUGCACUCCUUCCCCCACAAUAUAGAYCACUGCCUUGUCUGGGCGCGCUCGGAAUUCGAAGGCUUCCUAGAAAAGACUCCAGCGGAGGUGAAUGCAUUCUUAUCGAAACCCAACGAGUACAAGGAAACGGCGAAGAGUGCAGGGGAUGCUCAGGCCAGGGACGCUCUGGAGCGGAUUGUGGAAUGCCUUGUGACAGAUUGGUGUACAACGUUUGAGGACUGCAUUGUGUGGGCACGGCAUCGCUUCGAAGAUUACUUUGCGAAUCGUGUAAAGCAGCUGACGUUCACAUUUCCAGAGAAUGCUAUUACCAGCACGGGGGCUCCAUUCUGGUCAGCUCCGAAGAGAUUCCCGACACCUCUGGAGUUCUCGAGCAAGGAUUCGUGUCACAUGUCCUUCGUCAUUGCGGGCGCCAUUCUCCGGGCAGAAACUUUUGGAAUAGCAAGGCCUGUAUGGGCAACAGAUGUGAAGAAGGUGAUGGAGGUGGUGGAUAAAGUGCCAAUCCAGCUGUUUGUGGCAAAACAGGGAGUUGAGAUUGUGACUGAUGAGAGGGCAACGGCAGUUCCAUCGCAUGCUGAUGAUGAGUCGAUCAUUAACUCGCUGAUCCAGAAGCUGGAGGCUGGCACAAAGAGCAUUCGUCCCGGGUUUCAAAUGCAUCCGAUUCAAUUUGAGAAAGAUGAUGACACAAACUUCCACAUGGACUUCAUUGUCGGACUUGCCAACAUGCGUGCACGGAACUACAGUAUCCCUGAAGUAGACAAGCUGAAGGGGAAGCUCAUCGCAGGCCGUAUUAUCCCGGCCAUUGCAACAACAACGGCCCUGGCAACCGGUUUUGUGUGUCUGGAGCUAUACAAAGUGCUUCAGGGCCAGCCUGCGAGCCAGCAUCGGAACACUUUUGCAAACCUUGCCCUACCCCUCUUUGCCAUGGCAGAGCCUGUUAGUGCACGGAAGUUCAAGCACGGGGAGCUGGAGUGGACCGUCUGGGAUAGGUGGGUUAUUGAGGGUGAUGUAACUCUGCGGCAAGUGCUGGAUUGGUUCCGUCAGAAGAAUCUGAACGCAUACAGUAUCUCCUGUGGCCAGAGUCUGCUGUAUAACAACAUUUUCCCCAGGCACAGAGAGAGAUUGGACAAGAAGGUGUCUGAUCUGGCGAGAGAGAUUGCGAAGCUGGAAGUUCCAMCACAGCGKCGRCAUUUUGACAUAGUGGUAGCAUGUGAGGAUGACGAGAGUGAUGACCUGGAUGUCCCUCUGGUGUCGAUUCGCUUUCGGUAACUAGKSCCUGAGCUGGAUGUUUGCUCCGCAUGUGUGGGUAACGCUGUAUGCACUUUUGAGUUAUCUCCUGCUAACUAUCACGGAGAACG